GCUUCUGGAUUCAUCGGGCUCCCCGUUGCCCAAGCAUUGAUCCGUGCGGGACAUAUCGUGUAUGGCCUGACGCGCUCGCAGCAUAAGGCCAAGCAACUCGCCGCCGAAGAAAUUAUCCCUAUCAUCGGGGAGACGUCGGACCCAUCCACCUGGCUGCCCAUGGUUGCGACACUUGAUGUGAUCAUCGACGCCGUCGGGGGCACGAACAUCAGGGCGCUCUCCGAGACGCUUCUGAACGCGACCGCUGAGGCCGCGCGGAAGUACCGCCCUGCGCAUGCACCCAAGCUCACCUACAUCUACAGCUCUGGUACAUGGGUGCACGGCGACGACCGUAAGAACAUCGUCAGUGACACGACGCCGCUUACGAGUCCCCCCGAGCUCGUCUCAUGGCGCCUGGAGCAGGAGCAGCGCGUCAUCCACAACGACGUUCUCAAUGGGAUCGUCAUCCGCCCCGCGCUCCUCUACGGCCGCUCCGGCUCUCACCUCGCAUUGUUGUUCAAGGGCGCGUACGAAGGGAAGGUCGCGUGGGUUGGUCGUCCUGGUGGACGCUACGCGCUGAUCCAUUGCGACGACCUCGCCGAUAUGUACCUGCUCGCCGCGGAGAAGUCCGUCAUCGCUGCAGGGCAGAUCUUUGAUGCAGCAAACGACUUCACGGAGAGCGUAGACGACCUCCUUCAAAGGCUUGUGGUGGUCUCUGGAGCGAAGGGGCCAUUUGAGUACAUCGAACCGAGCAAUCUGUUCGAGAUUGCACUUACCACGACUUCCCUGGUCCGCCCGUACUUGGCCCGCAGUCUUCUUGGCUGGCGGCCACGGAAGGCUGGUCUCGUUGACCAUUUGCAUAUCUAUUACAGCGCAUGGAAAGCGAGCGCGGGACUAUAG